AUGAUUGGACCAUAUCUAACUAUUUUCUUCUCUUCAUGUUUUUCUUCUUUUCUUUCUUAUGUUGACAUCCCUCUUCCUUUUUUCUUUCGUUUCCUUCAUUGUUUUUUUUUCUUCAUUUUUUUAAAUUUCUUCUUUCAUUUUGCUACCUUAUUCACUUCCUAUAUCUCCCUUAUUCGUUUAUUUUAUAUAUUUACUUCGGGAUAUUUUUUGUUUUCAGCUUUCUUUCACUUUUCAAUCAUUUUUUUUUUCUUUCUUUCACUUAUUCUUUUUCAAUCUUUUUUUCUUUUUCUUUUCUUUUUUCUUUUCUUAUUUCUUUUCUUUUUCUUUUUCUUUUCUUUUUUUCUUUUUCCUUCUCAUUUUUUUUCUUUUUCACUUUUUUUUUUUUCUUUUCAAUCAUUUUUUCUUUUACUUUUCAGUCAAUUUUCGUUUUCCGCUUUCUUUCACUUUUCAAUCUUUUCAUUGUCUGCGUUCUUUCUUUUCUAUUUACAAAUUCUUUAUUUCCUUUUCAACUUCCGGUUUCUAUUUUUCACUAACCUGUCAUUCUUUUCCUCCUCCUCCUCCUCCUCCUCUUCUACUACUACUACUACUACUUCAUUUUCUUUCUUUCCUUCUUUUUUAUUUCUUCCUUUUCUUUCUUCUUUUCACAUUUCUCUUUUUUCUUUCCUUGUCCUCUUUUAUUUACCCGCUUCUCCUUUAUCUUACUUCUUUCAUUUUUCUUUCUUUUUAGCCAACAUUUUCUUUCGUUUUUCGCUUCUCUUUUUCAUUCCGUUUCUUUCUUCCAUUCCCCUCUUUCAUUUUUACUUAGUCUUUCCCCUUUUCAUUCUUCUCUUCCUCUUUCUCAUCCUUCUUUCAAUAAACAAUUUGGAUUCUACAUCAGCACGCUUUUAUUUUUUCUUUCCUUUAUAUUUUAUUUAUUCUUUUAUGACGCCCCUUUCUUUUUCUCUCUCUUUUCUUUCCUCUUUCAUUCUUUUUAUUUCGCCUUAUGACAUUUUAAAUUCUUCUUUUUAUCUGCAUCACUCUUUGUUUUCUUUUCCUUGCUUUUAUUCUAUCUAUUUUUUUUCCUUUUCCCCUCUUCUUUCCUUUCACUUUAUCUUAUCUCUUUCUAUCUAUUACUUCAUCAAUUUCAUUGUACUGUUUUCAUUUUUUCUUCUUCGUUUCAUUUUUUUCCUUCUUCUGAUAUUAGUUUUCUUUUAUCUUUCAUUUGCUUUUCUUUUCACCAUUUUCCUCCUUUUAUUCCACUCUUCUACACUUCUCUUUCACCUUUCUCAUUCUUCUGUUUAUAUAACAUUAUCUAUCUGUUUCCAAUCUAUCUAUCUAUCUAUCUAUCUAUCUAUCUAUCUAUCUAUCUGUCUGUCUGUUGUACGAUAUAUAACAUUAUCUAUUUGGUUCUUAUCUAUCUAUCUAUCUAUCUAUCUAUCUAUCUAUCUAUCUAUCUAUCUAUCUAUCUAUCUAUCUGUUGUCACCUAG